GUCGUUUAUAUUGGCGGUGUUAGAGCGAAGUCGGUUUUCAGCAUUUCGAUUUUUCGCAGUUUUGGUUGAGAGAGAGUAAGAGAGAGAAAGUUGUUCUCUGUUUCAUCACUUUCUUGUGUUCGAAGAUGAAUCCUUCUGGUUUGAGUGGCGAUCAAAGAGGAGGUUCGGUGGAUGUGGUGAAGGACAGAAAUGGAAUCGAUCAGGUUCUUCUCAGGAGUUCUGGAGGAUUUUCUGCGCGGGUGAGCUUGUACGGAGGUCAGGUUCGUUCUUGGAUGACUGACCGUGGAGAAGAGUUGUUGUUCACUAGUAGUAAAGCAGUCUUUAAGCCACCAAAAGCAGUUCGUGGAGGAAUCCAAAUUGGUUUCCCACAGUUUGGAAAUAGGGGAACUUUGGAGCAACAUGGGUUUGCCAGGAACAAGCUUUGGGUCAUUGAAAAGAAUCCUCCACCUUUUAUGAUUCGUACUGAUUCUGAUGGAAAGACAUUCAUUGAUUUGCUGCUUAAACCGUCUGAUGAAGAUCUCAAGGUCUGGCCACACAGUUUCGAGCUUCGUCUGAGGGUCUGUUUGGGGGCCAAUGGGAAUCUGUCCUUGAUUCCGCGUGUCAGGAACAUGAAUUGCAAGCCUUUCAGUUUCUCAUUUGCCUUCCAUACAUAUUUCUCCAUUUCUGAUAUCGGUGAAGUGAGGAUUGAAGGCCUGGAGACUCGAGACUAUUUUGACAACCUAUGUCAGAGAGAGCGCUUCACUGAUCAAGGAAAUUCCCUAACAUUUGAAUCUGAGGUGGAUCGAGUUUAUCUUGACACUUCAAGUAAGGUGGCUAUUUUGGACCAUGGGAAGAAGCGAACAUUUAUCAUACAGAAGGAGGGACUUCCAGAUGUUGUGGUUUGGAAUCCAUGGGAGAGGAAAACCAAAGCCAUGGCAGACUUUGGAGACGACGAGUACAAGCGUACACUUUGUGUGGACGGAGCAUUGAUCGAGAAACCAAUCUCCUUGAAGCCUGGUCAAGAAUGGACAGGCAGAUUGGACAUCCUUCUUCUCUAUUCAAGCUAAUGAAUGAAGUUUACCCUAUUGAUCCUGACUAUAACACAAAAAUGAAUUGAUCCACGCUUGACGGCUCUUUUUUGAUCUGUGCCCAGUGGCUACAUUCCCAACAUACUUCUGAAAGAGUUUUUUACAUGGAGCUGGAGAUGCUUUUGUAUUCUUCUCCGUUGUUAGUACUUAGUAUCAUUUCAAGAUGUACAUGAACUAUGUUCAACUGUAUAGAUAAUAGUGCUAGCCUUUCAGUCAAU